UCCAGGAAAAGACUAAGGAUGUCUUGUAGUCCACUAACUGAGAGGCCUGAUACUGGGAAUAAUACAUCAGAUGGAGGUGGAGAAUUUACUAACAGGGAUGCGCCAUUUGACCUGAACACUCCUGCAGCUGCUAGAAGCCAGGUAUCUCGUGAAGUUGUGAUGCCUGAUUGCGAACAAGAGAAGCACGUGGAGGAAGACGGACGCACAGGUCAGAGUGAUCCGCCGGCUACAGUAGUUGAGCGACCUUCUGUGCAGAUGGACGAUGCAACUGAUGGGGGUGCUCCGUCGUCUACCGCAGUUCUAAACGAUGUUGUUAAGGAGGUUGCCGUCACAAUUGAGGUUGGGUCCUCUGUGGGUUUCCAACCAGAUGGUUUUCAAAGAGAGGGAGUCAGGGAUUCGAGGAAGGUGGAUUGGGUUAGGGGGCUAAAGACGUCGCAUGGGGUUCAUUUUUUAGCAGUACAGGAAACAAAAAUGGGGGUAAAUGCAAAUUUCAGAUGGAGUAGGUUUUGGGGGAGAUCAAGUUUUGAGUUUGACAUUGUUGAGGCAGUGGGAAAUUCAGGUGGUCUAGUAUCUAUGUGGAAUCCUGCUGUAUUUAGUAUGACAGGGGUUCUUAAGCACAAAAAUUUUUUGAUGGUCUCUGGGUGUCUAAAAGCGACAGGCGAACAAAUUAAUAUUGUAAACGUGUACGCACAAAACGAUCCAAUAGCUCGUAGGAGGCUAUAGGAAGAUCUUAUACAGACAAAUAAUUCUUUUUUGGGUCUUUGGGUCUUUUUAGGGGACUUCAACGAUGUACGGGAACCGGCGGAAAGGGUAAAUUCUGAAUUUUUCCAGCUGAAUGCCGACUUUUUUAAUCAAUUUAUUGAUGUGUCAGGGCUAGUCGAGUACAAUAUGGCUGGCCAUAAGUACAGGUAUCAUUCAGAUAACGGCUUAAAAAUGAGCAAGCUUGAUAGAUUCUUGGUGUGUUUUGGGUUCAAAAAUAAGUGGCCGUCGGCUACGCUUUUGGCUUUGUCAAAUGUCGUAUCGGACCAUUGCCCGCUUAUUUUGUCUACCAUACCGGUGGACUAUGGCCCAAUCCCGUCUAGAACGUUUAACUCGUGGAUGGAAUUACCCGGUUUUGUGCUUAUGUGGAGCAUUUGUGUGGAGCUUUUCGGUUCACGGGCCUGUCAGACUUAUGCCUAGCCACCAAACUGAGAUGGAUAAAAAAAAGGCGAAGGUUUGGGUCGUCAAUUAUAAAGCAUCCGUGGAAGGGGAUUACAGAGACAAUCUGGCGAAACUGGAGGAGUUAGAGAUUAAGGCUGAGUCUAUUGGCCUAUCUCCUGAAGAACUUGAAACAAGGGCUGCGAGUAGAAAGUUUAUUUAGGAGACGGAUAGGUUGAAAUCUAUGGACUUAAAACAAAAAUCGAGGGUUCGUUGGGCAAGCGAUGGUGACGAGAAUACGACAUACUUUUAUGGGGUUAUUAAUGCAAACACAAGCAACAAUAGGAUAAAUGGGUUAUGGAUUGAUGGUACAUGGGAAACUUCGCCAGCACUUGUAAAAGAUAACAUCUGUGCAUUCUUUAAUGAUAAAUUUCAGGAACCGACGAGCACUAGACCGACACUUGUAUGUCCAAAUUUGAAGUCUUUAACUGAUUCAGAAGCGGAAGGGUUGGUUAUACCAUUUUCGGAGAUCGAAAUUAGAAACGCGGUGUGGGAAUGCGAUGGAGACAAAGCCCCGGGGCCGGAUGGUAUUAAUUUCUCUUCAUAAAACGUUUCUGGCACCUGUUACAUUCUGAUUUCAUGAGGCUGUUCGAUGAGUUUUUUGUGAGUGGGUUCUUAAAUGUGGGUUACACAUCUUCCUUCAUUGCUUUGAUCCCCAAAUGUGGGGAUCCCGGGGGUUUAGCGGACUACCGUCCUAUAAGCCUUAUCGGGUCGGUCAAUAAAGUUGUUUCAAAAGUGCUUGUUAAUCGCCUAAAAGGUGCGAUUAAUAAGCUCAUUUCGGAGGAACAAACGACCUUCUUAGCAAAUAGAAGUAUCAUGGAUGGACCGCUAAUACUUAAUGAAGUCAUCUCUUGGUUGAAGCGAACUAAGAAGUUGGGGAUGUUGUUUAAAGUAGAUAUCGAGAAGGCAUACGAUACACUUAAUUGGGGGUUUCUAGAAUCGAUUAUGGUACAAAUGAAUUUCCCGAUUCGGUGGCGGAAAUGGGUUAUGGCAACAAUUAUAAAUGCUCGGGCGUCGGUCUUAGUGAACGGGUCCCCGACCCAAGAAUUCCCAUGCUUUAGGGGGUUGAGGCAAGGGGAUCCGUUAUCACCUUUUCUCUUUAUUAUGGCCAUGGAAGCAUUGUCUUGUGUGGUUAAGCGGGCAAAGGAAAUUGGAGUGUUUGAUGGGUUGGCGUGUACGUCAAACGGCCCGUUAUUGUCACACUUUAUGUAUGCCGACGACGUCAUUUUCAUUGGAAAAUGGUCUAUUCAAAAUGCAAAAAAUCUAAAUAGAUUACUUCGGUGUUUCUAUUUAGCCUCGGGGCUUCGGGUUAACUUGGGUAAAAGCUCUCUUUAUGGAGUAGGGGUGGACGGGAAUGAGAUACACAACAUGGCGAGCAUCUUACGCUGCAAGAGUGGGUCGCUUCCUUUUAAGCAUUUAGGUUUACAAGUAGGAGUGAAUAUGAACCUCAUUAAACAUUGGAAGCCGGUGGUGGAUAUUUUCAAAAGACGUUUAUCGGUUUGGAAAACAAACGCUCUUUCUUUUGGUGGGCGCAUAACUUUAAUAAGGUCGGUCCUUAGUGCACUCCCGACUUAUUAUUUUUCAUUAUUUAGAGCCCCGGAACAAAUUUAAAGCAACUAGAGCGACUUCGGAGAGAAUUUUUAUGGGGAACAGAACCGGAAAACGGGAAGAUUUCGUGGGUGGCUUGGAAAAACGUCAUGGCGCCGAAAGAUUUGGGAGGAGUUGGGAUUAGGUCGCUUCGUGAUGACAAUCUCGCUUUACUCGCUAGGUGGUGGUGGUGAUUCAAGGUGGAUACUACAAGCCUUUGGAGAAAGAUAAUAUGGGCAAUACAUAGCGGGUCGAGGCAAUGGAAUUUUAUUCCUGCCAAACUAUCCAUUGUUGGCCCGUGGAAGCAGGUGGCUGGGAUUGGUAAGGAUUUAAAGGGUUUGGGGUGCGACAUUCCAGACCUGAGUCAGGUCUCGUCGGUAAUGGCACUUCGAUUUAGUUUUGGAGCGAUAGAUGGGUGUUGGACGAGUUUUUAAAGACUUCAUUGCCUAAUAUUUAUAUGCUGGAGAAAAAUAAAAACGCCACUGUAGCAGAUAGAGUUCGUUGUGAAAAUGGGGUUACGGUACUUACCUUGGAAUGGAGUAGAAGACCUGGGUCGGUAACGGAACAAUUGGAGCUGGAAUACCUUUUGGCUGUGAUGGCAGAUGUGCGAGUGACAAGAGAUAUGGAUAAAUAGGAGUGGGGGCUAGAACAAACUGGGAUCUUCUCAGUGCAUAGUCUUCGGGCUCAGCUCCAAACCACUACAUAUGCAAAUUUUGUAGUGGACUUUAACUGGAAUAACUGGUGCCCCAUUAAAGUCAAUUUCCUGUGUUGGAGGGUGUAUCUAAACCACAUCCCUACGCUUGUGGAACUUGAGAAAAGAAACAUCCAGGUUGGGUCACGGAGAUGUCGGGUGUGCGAGUUAGAGGACGAGACAGGAGAUCACUUGUUCGUUUCAUGUGGCUUUGCACAAGCAGUUUGGGACCAGGUUUCAACUUGGUGUAGCUUGCCUCCAGUGUUCGCUUUCGAGGCUAGGGACCUGCUGAACUUGCAUCGGUAUUUGAGGGGAUCGCGCAAAUGGAAGAAACUAAUGCAGCUAAUCACGCAUACGGCUAUUUGGUGCAUAUGGAAAUGUAGAAAUGACUUGAUUUUCAAUCAAAAACAAAUAAAUCUCGCUAGGUCACUCGAAGAGGUGAAAUUGUUCAGCUUUUUUUUUGGUUUCGGAAUCGAGCAAAGGCUACUGAACUUACAUGGGAUCAAUGGAGAGAGUUUCAUUUACAUUGUAUUGGUGUAUAAUGUUACUGUAAUGUGUUUUGGUGUAUGUACUGUUCUGUUUGUGCUAAUAAUUUGUUGGCAUAAACUUGGUGAAUUAAAAAUUUGUUUGUUGGCUGUUAGAAAAAAAAA